CGCAUAUAAAAAAGCCAAGCCGUCGGUCGGACGUCAGUUUCACUUCGACACUCGCGCGCAGCGAAUACACACACAACUGCAACGCACCGCGUGAACGUCGCGACGCUUUGUCCGUCUCACCGCAAACCGAAAUAGCCGCAUUGUUUUCCGCGACAGCAAUGAACUAGACGCAUCACAAUGACGUCGGAGGAGAAAGCCAGACAUUCGAGCCCUUUGCGGUGCUGUCGCAGCGAUUCGUCGAUCAGCGAUGGCAUCGUCGCUGAGAAUAAAUAUUCGGGGGUCGUGCCGAAGCCCUACACCUUCCCCAAGAGGCAGGCCGUCGAUUUGGAGUUCGAGAACGUCACGUUCGACUCGUGGGGAUGGUCGAUGACACGCUUUCGCAAAGAGAACAAACGCAUUUUGCACGGAGUCUCCGGGCAGUUCAAGUCCGGUGAACUGUCGGUCAUCAUGGGCCCGUCCGGCGCCGGCAAAAGCACCCUGCUGAACAUUCUUGCCGGAUUCAUAACAAGGGGCAGUGGCGGUGACGUAAAACUGAACGGCACAGUUAGAGAUCAGAGCCCCCGUUACAGGAAAUUAUCCGCUUACAUACCCCAAGACGAAGAACUCCGUAUGACAUUGACAGCCAAAGAGGCCAUGACAUUCGCAGCCAAUCUUAAGCUUGGCUACAAAGUCUCCCAGGAAUACAAACAAAGACAGGUAGUGGAAAUACUUGAUCUGCUUGGCUUGGGUGAAUGCCAUCACACUCUUACAUCGAGAUUAUCCGGCGGACAGAAGAAACGACUGGCUGUCGCAUUAGAAUUACUUAGCAAUCCACCAAUAUUAUUCUUGGAUGAGCCCACAACUGGCUUGGACAGUUCCUCUUGUACGCAAUGCAUUUCGCUAUUCAAACGUCUGGCGCAGGAAGGACGCACCGUCGUCUGUACGAUACAUCAACCUUCGGCCUUGCUUUUCGAAAUGUUCGACAGGCUUUACGCUUUGUCCGCCGGAAAAUGCAUUUACAAUGGCACAAUAUCUGGAUUGAUACCGCAUUUGGAAACGCUAAACCUUAAAUGUCCCGCGUAUCACAAUCCUGCUGAUUUUCUGAUGGAAGUUGCAAUUGGAGAACAUGGAACUGAUGUUGAUACUUUAGCUUCAGCUGUUAAUAAUUCUAUGGCGAUUGAAGAUACGAAAGAUAAGAAGUAUUAUUCGUUUGAAGAAGCUGCAGAAGUGGAUAAGCUUGUUGAAGGUCCAGGUUCUUCACCAGCUGCGAUUAUCGGACAAUUUUUAUUGUUAUAUAAGAGAAAUUUAUUGACAACCAAGAGAAAUUAUAUGUACUUAUUAAAUAGAUUAAUAGCCCACAUAGCUAUUGGAUUUAUCUUUGGUUAUCUGUAUCUAGGGGUUGGAAAUACAGCCCAUACCAUUCUUGCCAAUUAUGUGUAUUUGUAUGGUUCACUUUUACUCAUUGUCUACACUGGAAAAAUGUCAGUUACUCUAUCAUUUCCCUUAGAAAUGAAAAUACUAACAAGAGAACACUUCAAUAGAUGGUACAAGUUGACCCCCUAUUUGCUGUCUGUGAUAUUAAUUGAAAUACCUUUCCAGGUAAUAUGUACGUGGUCUUACGUGGGUAUUUCAUAUUGGCUGACGGGCCAACCGUGGGACUUCCGAGUUUACUUGUUCACCCUCUUCUGCACGUUACUCACCCUGUGCGCACAAAGCAUGGGCUACUUCAUCGGAGCCACGACACCCAUCAAGAUCGCAGUGUUCGUCGGACCGGUAAUCGCCUGUUUCUUCUCCGUAUUCGGUUUCUGCCUACGUUACAUGGAUACACCCUCCAUUUUCAAAUGGUUGUACACAAUCAGCUACUACAGGGCAGGUUUCCAGAGCAUCGUCUAUUCGAUGUACGGUUUGAACAGGAAGUAUCUUAUUUGCCCGGAGGAAAUGGUCUAUUGUCACUAUCAAGAUCCGAAAAAGUUCCUUAAAGAGAUGGACAUCACCAAUGUGGAUUUGGUGUCGAACAUCUCGUUGAUCGUGGUGAUUUGGUGUCUGAUGCACGCCGCCACGUAUCUGACGUUGUGGCUGAAGCUCAACAAAAGAUAAACACUUUUAUGUAUUCUUUACUGUGUACUUAUAAAGCCAAAGAUUUUCUAACAUUUAUUUUUUCACUGGAACAGUUAAAUCAUUUUAAAUCCGAUUAUCAAUGAAAUAUUUUUAUUAUUUGGCUGUUUAUAUGCAUAUUAAUUGUUUAAGUUCAUUGAUUUUUGAACUGAAAAUAUCCCCAUCUUCGUUUCAUUGUAAGAAAUAUAUUUAAAUAAAUUAUAUACGUAAUUUAGUUAUUGCUUAAUGCUUGUAUUGUAGAAAAGUUUGUAUUAAAAAUGAACUAGUCUAGUCAAAAUUUAAAUAUGGUGAUAAUGUAAGGUAAUAUUACUUAAUUCUAUUUUUUCAUUAUUAAAUAAAUUUACUAUUAUCUAUUUA